AUGGAGGACGAACGAGGCUAUCGGACCGGCCAGGGAGGCUGCAAAGGUCACAAGGCCUGGGCACCUGAUGCCCGCCUCGAACCAGCGCCCUUGAAAUUGGAAGCCAUCACCCUUGGAUUCUAA